GCUUGACUGAUCACACUGUAGCUAGCUCCCCCGACACUGUGCAGAGUAAAAGAGAGAGGUAGACCGGGAGAGAGAGGUGGAAGGAGAAGAAACGGGGUAGGCCUCGGCCUAGGUUUUAGGGGAAAGGUUUAUACACUCAAAGAAGAACCCCGUUCUAGGUAUGAAUAGAAUGGACACGGAAACUUUGAGAAUGUACUAUUAUCUAGGCUAUUAUGGCAUUAUUCAGUUCGAUGCUGUUUGACUACACGUUGGGCUGCAUGCUGUAGCCAUUUGCCUAUCAAUACAAUGACGGGGAGAAGUUUUAGAACAAAGGGAGAAAAGGUGCGCGUGCUGCCCCUAUGUGUGCAUGUCAACGUACAGUAUAAACCGAGAGAGACGGUUAAAGAAAGGGAGAGUGAAAGGGGACACGCAUCGCUGGAUAUCAUAGGUUGUAGAAGCUCAGAUGGUGGUGAGGUGAUUUUCAGUCCUCCAGAGAAAGACAAGGACACCACUUCAUUCACUGCUAUGGCCUGUGGGGAGGGAUGGACAUCAUAAAGGAGUAACGAUGAAAACUCGAACUCACAAAGAAUCGAUGCCAAUGCGCAGUGGGCGGAGGCGGGGGGGAAGCAACGAGGAGAGGAGGGGUAGACGCCCGCAUCCCAGCCCUUCUCGUGCAGAACGAAACGACAGGCAGACGCAAAGAGCUGCUGGUGAGGAAUUGGCUGUCAGUCGCUUCAAUCACAGAUCGCAAGGCCAUGAUUCGUCAGAGAGUGAAGGGGAGGAACUUGUGCCUCCACCAAAGAGGCAGAAAGUCCAGGAUUCUUCCUCUGUCUCCAACCCACCGACUUCAACUCAUUCAACUGACAGUACUCCCCCCACUAUACCGCCCCCACCCUCGGCUCCCAGACAGUCACGUGACAGUGACAACGAGGAUGGUCAAUCCCAGGGCAGCAGGAGCUCAGUUGUAGGGAGCUUGGCCAAUAGUCUGAGCAGUGGGCGGGACAUCGACCAGGACAAUCGAUCUUCCUCCCCGAGUCUAUCUGCCUCGCCUCCAGCCAGUUUAGACUCUGACUCUGAUGGUCCAGACUCACCAAAGCAAGGAGAGGGGGAACGGGAGAAAAGGAAAGAGGGAGGAGUGGGGAAGACAGGAGGAGAGGAAAGGAGAGCAGCCAGAGAGGGGAGAGGGGAUGAGUCUUGCGGGGAUGGAGAAAGGAAGGAUGGAGGAAUGGAGGACAGCCCUUCUCUGAAGCUGCCAUCCUCCUCCAUCUCUUCCUCUGCUCCUGUUCCCUCUCUCCGCGGAGCAGGGGAUUCAGCCAAUGACAGCAAUAGUGGCAGGAAGUCCUAUUUCUCACAGGACUCCAAGCCGGUAAGCAAGAUGGAGUAUGGACCGGCCAGCGCUGAAAAUGUGCACAGUGGCAAUCGAAUGAACUCCAAAGCUAAAGCUCAGUGCGUGACCAAGGCAACUGUCGCCGGGGGAGACUAUCCCCACGGCAACCCCAACAUUCCACACCCCCCUCCACCACCCCUUCCUCCUCCACCAGCGCUGAAACCCUUAGAACCAGGGGGGCAGAACCUGCCCUCAGAAGUCAAGGUAGAGAGAGAGAAAAUGGAGAAAGGUGAGAAACUGAUGGACAACAAGACGGCUCCUCCCUCUCUGUUACCCCAAACCAGCCCAUUACCCCCCUCCCAGCCCCCGCCCCACCCCCACCACUACAGCCCCACCGGAUGGCAGGGAGGCACCGCAACCGGUUGCCAGGGGAGCUGGGGCUACACCCGUUACUCUGGUAACCACCACGCUCACCAGCCGCAGCACCAACCCCCAGUGCAGCAGCAGCAACUGCCAUCCGUCUACAACCCCCCUUCCUCCCGUCAUUCGUCCUCCUCCCACCCCCCUUACCUCCCCCACCCCCACAAGGAGUACCUCCCCAGGUACGCUUCAGGGGGAGGGGAAAGGGAGAGGGGGGCGGCCGGCGAGAGGGAGAGGGGGGGAGUGAGGGUGGAGUAUGGGGGGAGGGAGAUAGGUAGGGAUUUCUCGGCUAGUAGUGGUAGUAACAGCAGCACUUCUGGUGGGAUGGGGGGUCCUAAUGGGGUACAAGGGAGGGAGUUUGGGGGUCAGAACCGGGAUUACUCAGGCCUUGGACCUCAGGGCUCUGUGAGAGACCCCCCCAUGGGUCCUGGGGGAAGAGAAUUUGGACCGGGGGUGUUCAGAGAAAGAGAGAGGGAUAGAGAGAGAGAGAGGGAGGGAGAGAGGGAUGUAGGAGGAAGGGAGUUUGCUUUACUGAAUCGUAAUGAGAAUCAGAACAGAGAGUUUGGACCCACCGGUGCUGGGGGAGGAAGGGGGCACCCCAGAGACAAAGAGGGGGGGCGGUGGGGCGAGUUUGGGGGCCAGAUGAGAGAGGUGGGGGGCAAUGGUAACCCCAAUAAUAACCCCUCCCCCGGAAACCCCUCAAGCUCGAGCAGUGGGUUACCUGCAGCCCCCAUGCUAAACCGCGACCCCCCUUCCUCACCCCAAAACAACCCCAGCCAUCCUACCCUGCCCCCCCACUCACAUCCUCAAAGCGCCUCCAAACGAGACUAUCCCCCAUCGAUGGACCAGGCACAGACAAGGCACAGUCCCCCCUCUGGACCAGAACACUUCCAUAGAGAGUACCCUCCUGGGGCCAAGGACUAUCCCCCUGGUGGCCCACCCUCCACCGGCCCGGCCCGUGAGUACCCCAGCCCUCCCGGAAUGACUCCAAACCUGGGCCGAGACUACCCAGGUGGACCUCAGAUCCCCCACCUGCCCCACCCCCACUUUCCAGCCCAGCAGCCCAGAGACAGGGACCGAGAGAGGGACACCAACCAGCGAGAGUCGUCUCUCUACCAAAACCGUGGUGGUCCCCCCCAUCCCCCGUCCCUUUCUCCCUCCUCUUCCUCCUCCACUCCUCAUGGACACCCUCCAAAUGCUCCUUACCCUCCUCCGCCACCUCCUCCCCCUCCCCCUCCCCAAACCUCCCUUGCUCAGCCCCAACCCCCCACCGGCCUGGGACCCAAUCACGUUCGUCCGACAAAUUAUUCUUCCUCCAAUCAGACUCCUGCAACACCCCUCUCUCCUUUACUAAGCCCCUCGACCAAUCAGAUGGGCGGGUUUCCUUCCUACCCGCCAGGCUCCUCCUCCGGGGCCAACAUGUCACUUCCUGGUUCAGGUGUGUCACCUGGCUGUCGGCCCUCACCCUUCCACAGCACUUUGAACAGCCACGCCCCCUUCAGCAGCCCCUACCACUCCAAUGGGAACAGUGGGAACAACCUGGUCCCGACUAACAGCAAUAGUAACAGUAGCAGUGGCAGCAGCCAUACCAACUCUCUCUCUCAGUCCCUCUCACCUCAAAACGCCUCAAAAGGACCCCCACCUCUUAAUAACCCCGGCAACAACAAUGGCACUUCGGCCCCUGGCUGUAGCUCCUCACUUCCUAGAGAUGGGCAUUCUGAUUCGUCCACAGGUCCCCCUCCCCCGCCUGUCAUCAAGGAGGAACCAAUAGAGGAGAGGGAGGAGAGUGAAAGCCCACCUCCUGUUUUGAGAAGCCCCUCCCCUGAGCCCAAGCCGGUGGACAUUCCGAUCCACGCCAGCCAAUCAGCACGGUUCCACAGGGUUCUAGAUCGGGGCAGUGGAAACUCCUGCGCCCGCAGCGACGUUCUCUUUGUCCCCCUGGACGGCUCCAAACUGUGGAAGAAGAGGAACGAGGUGAUCGAGAGAGCCCGGAGAGAGGUGGAGCAGAGGGCAAGAGACCUGAGGGAGAAAGAGCGGGAACGAGAGAGGGAGAGAGAGAGGGAGCGGGACCUGGAGAGGCAUCUACAACAACAGAAGGACAAUAACAAUGCAAAUAUACAACGCCAGGGAUCCUCUCUCUUCUUCCCCUCCUCCUCCAUCCUCCUCGACCCAAACUCCUCUUCUUCUAACCCUGGGUCUCACCCUCAACCUCACCCCCAGCAGCACCACUCCCACCCUCACCCUCACCCCCACGCUCACCUCCACCACUCCCACCUCCACCCCUCCCUCUCUCAACACAUCCCACACUCCCUCCUCAUGCAGUCAAUGGGGGGUUCAACGGUGGUUGGCCCACAGGGGGCUCUGGGGAUCGGGUUAGGAGGGCCGUACCUGGGCCCUGACACCCCCGCACUGCGGACCCUGAGCGAGUACGCCCGGCCCCACGCCAUGUCCCCCCUCGGGGCUAGUCGCCAACACCAACACCCACAUGUCCACCAUCAUGGCCACCCCCAUGUCCACCCCUCCUUCUUCCUCCCCCAGUUCCAGAACCAUGCUCUGGCCCACCCACAUCACAUGCCUGCUGAUGCAGCCACAGCGGCAGCUAUCUUGGGUUUCCUCUAUGGGGGCAGUAUGGAGGGAGGGCCAGGGGGGCAUGGAGGAGGACAUGGGGGGAUGGGGGGUGCAGGGUUAGGGGGGAUGGGGUUUCCCCAUGCAGUGGCAGCCCACCGUGAGCGCAUGAAGCCGGGGUUUGAGUUUAAGAGUGAGGACAGGGUGUACCAGCCGGGCUCCUUGGGAGAUCCUACGGCUCUCGCCCUCGCCCACUCCCACUCGCAUGCCCACGCACACGCUCAUGCACAUGCUCACUCCCUACUGCUGGGGGGAGGGGGUGGAGGUGAGGUGGCCAUUUAUGGCACCCCCCCUCCCCAGGCUCCUCCACCCCCUCCACCGCCCCUCCAGAACCCAGCGUUAGCCCCAGUGAGUCGCCUCCCUAACCCUCCUCCCGCCCCUCAGUCCCUCUCCAACCCUACCCCCUUCUCCCUGCUUCCUCCCUCGCUACCCUCUCACCCUGCACCUGCACCAGCCCCUCCACCCCCAGUGCCCGUAGCUGCACCUCUGCCCGCUCCUCCUCCACCCUCCUCUAACCCUGUUUCAUCCCUCCAUCACCCAGCACCACACUCCUUUCCCAGCUCCCUCCCCCCAUCUCACCCCCCACCUGCCCCGGCCCUAGUGACCGCCCCUCCCGAUACCUACCCCCCUCUCACUCGUUCCCCCACCACCUCUGAGAGAGAGAGGAGUGGAGAGAGGGAGAGAGAAAGAGAGCGAGACAGAGCGGGGCUGCCAGCCGGUGGAGAGAGGGGACGAGAGAGGGAGAGGGAGCGAGAAAGAGAAAGAGAAAGAGGGGGAAGCAAUGGAAGUGGAGGAAGUGGUGGAAGUGGAGGAGGAGGAACAGGAGGAGGAGAGAUUCCGGGGCGUCUUCAGAUGUUGAACGUCACGCCUCAUCAUCACCAGCACUCACACAUCCACUCCCACCUGCACCUGCACCAGCAAGACACAGCGGCGGGCGGGGUGCACCCCCUGAUGGACCCGUUGGCGUCGGGGUCUCCCCUGGCCCGCCUGCCCUACCCAGGGGCAGCGCUGGGCACCCCCAUCCUGGCACACCCCCUCACUGAAAGCGAGGUGCUACGACAACAGCUCUUCGGAGCUCCGUUCCGUGAGCUGCCCCAGCCCUCCUCUCUGACAGGUUCCAUGUCAGCGGCCCACCAGCUCCAGGCCAUGCAGCAGGCCCAGAGCGCAGAGCUGCAGAUCCAGAGACUGGCUCUGGAACAGCAGUGGAUCCACCACCACCACCAUCACUCCCUCACCCAGGACGAGUACUACAGCCACUUAAAGAAGGAAAGCGACAAGACCCUGUAAGGGAGGAAAAAGAGAGGGGGAACAAGCCCACGGAAGACAAACUCAAAGGAGGAAGAAAGGAGAGAAAUAUCUGCAAAGGAAGAAGAAAACAACAAAACAGAAGCACUAAGAACAAUGAAGGAAGCAUCAAACCGUAGGAACAUGAGGAGAAAUGAAGUGAUGUCGAAACCAGAUGAAAAAAGGGAGAGAGGGAUGAGAGGAGUGAAAACGUUGCUCACAAUCUGUGUUGUCUGUACUAUACCAUCGUCCCAGACUCUGGGCGCAUCACAGCGUAUGUUGUUCAACUCCAGUUUUGUAUUGUGCCCUGUACAGUAUACUAGGUGGGAGUAGCAAUAUAAUGCAGUACAGUCUGGUGUAAAUGACCUUAUGCCAGGAAGAAUGUGUACAUGAGGCUCUCUGUUAUGUCAUUGCAUGUAGCUAGGCGCUUAUUCUGAACUGGUUGAACUCCUGGUUCUACUUUUAGUAAUUCCUCUCCUUCCUAACGGACGGGUGGUGUAUGAGUGUGCAUGAGACCAGCGAUUAACAAGUGUCAUAUUAUGUUAACGAUUAGUUAUAUUGUUAUUAUUAUUCAUGUCUGUUUGUUGAUAAUUGUAUAAUUCUAUAUACAUAUUAUUUGUAUUGUUAUUUUAUUACAUUUUCAUGGUA